AUGAUUGAACAAUUAAAUCAGCAACAGUUGUCUUCUUCUCUUAUGCAAUCACCAUUAUUGGUGAUAAAUAAUGAUGUCAAUUUAUCGUCAUUAUCAUCCACAACAAUAACAAAAACAGAUGUUUUCAACAAUACUGACACAAGAAUUUAUGAUAAUAAUAAUAAGGAAUCUUUAUCACAAUUACAGUUACUACCAAUACCAUCAACAUUAUCGAAAAGAAUGAUAAAAAUAAAUACGACAAAUACAAGUUGGAUAAAAAUUGGUAUUCGUUUAUGGACACCAUUAAUUCAUGAUUCGAUUCACUUUUCUUCAACAUCAUUCAUUAAAGUUGAUAAACUACAACGACAAAUAACACUAUCAGAUCCAAAAAAUAAUAAAUUAAAUUCAAACUCAAAUAAUUCAUCUAAUUCCUCAAAAACAUUUACAUUUGAUCAAAUAUUUACACCGGAAGAAUCAAAUUUAGAUAUUAGUGGAAAAAUAUUAAUUGAACUCAUUUCUACACUUAUUAAUGGUAAAAAUUCUACAUUUAUUUGUGUUGGACCAUGUAUAGAAGCAAACUAUCAUUGUCUAUUUGGAAAUUUGUUUAAAAAAUUUUCCUCUUCUAUUAGUGUAGAACAAACCGGUUUAUUAUUGUGUGCUAUUACAUGGUUAUUCCAUUUAAUUAAAGAUCAACGUCAUACAAAAAUAGUUCUACGAUUAAGUGCACAAGAAUUUAGAGAUAAAAAAACAACAAAUGUAAGAGAUUUAUUGAAGAAUGAAGAUCAGAAUAAUAAAACAACUCCGAAUAUUCAUCAUCAACAAGUUCCAAGUGAACAUGUAAUAACCAAUUACGUCAAUGCUGCCAAAUUAAUUAAUCGAGCAUUUGAAAAUUUGAGUCAUAAUGAUGAUUUCAGCAAUACUCUUAUAAUAACCAUCCAUCUCUACAAACAUAAUGAUGAUCAUGACAAUAACCACAGUUGUCUACAUUUUAUAUGUCUUGGUCAUAUUAGUGAAAUAACAACACAUUUUGGAAAUACUGUAAUGGCUACAGCUAAUAGACAAAAACAUAUGUCACUCUUCAACAAUAGAGAUCACCACUACAGUACACACUUUUUAACAGAUUAUAUUAGUGAUUGUCAUCGUCUAUGGUUAUUAGCUAAUAUAAAUGUAACAACAUGUCAAAAAACAGAUAUUUUACAUACAUUACAAAUUAUGUCCAAAUUACAUCGAACAUUUAAAAGAACGAUGAAACACAAAACAAAGAUUCAUAAUGAUUAUAUACCAUCGAAACCGUUGCUCCGACGAAAUUCAGAUCCUGAUUGUUCAUCAAAUUCAGGAUCUACUGAAACUGUUGUCUAUUGUGGACAGCCAUCUAAUGGUGCUUAUUCAUCUGCUCCAUUAGAACAUUUAACAAAAUACAUGGAAACCUUAAGUUCAAAACCACCAGGUGAAGUUUGGGUCGAUGGUCCACUUUCAGCAAAGAAACGAUCCACACAAAAUGAAAUAUGGAUUGAUGGACCAUACGAAUUUCGAUCAGCCUCGAUAAGAACGGAACAGAACGAUACAGCCAAUUGGAAACCAAUGCAUACAAAAGCAAAAGUUAUUGAUUCUGCAUCUAUUGACAAUGAAAAGAUGUGUAAUACCGGUGAUGUAACACGAUCUUCUCCUUCUAAUGGACAUAUUGUAUCGAAUGGUACUUUCUUAAGACAGCGUUUAUUAAAUGACCAACUAUCGUUCUCUUCGACGCCUGCAUCUCCUAUUCUUCUGUCGCCCAAACGUGGUAUAUCACCAUUCGCAAAAUUAACGUCUAAUUCGAACUACAAAAUUCCAUCAACUCAUUUACAACUUGGCUGUUUAAAAUCUCAUGAACAAAUGACAUCGUUUCCCUAUUGUGGAUCACCAAUGUUUCAUCAAAAACAAACUGUAGACGAUAUAACUGACGAUGGUUGUAGUACAUGUAGCGAAAGUGUAAUUAGUUCUCGAUGUCAUGUACCACAAUUAGUACCGUUAGAAAAAGAUCCACUGUUACCAUUUCGCUGUUCGACAAAACUUUCAUCAUCAAUGACAUGCUCGAUAAGUCCCGUUAAAGAACGAGAAGAUCCUUGCAUACAAAAAACAGAUACCGGUGAUAAGCAAGGAACUUCAGAUAAUUCAGCUUCGACAAGAGCAAUUAUAUCUGGUGGUCAUACAUUACCGUCUAGCUAUCGCUCACAACGGCAAGAAUUAUUAACUCCAGCAAUAACAAUACCUACAACCUCUGUUGAAAGUACAUCACCUGUGAUAUCAGCUUUAGUGGGCUCAUUUUAUGCUCCAUCAGCCACACCUUAUCAAGGUUUAUUGAUGCCCUAUUCGUCACAAACAUUGCCUAGUAGACAUUUGACUACUAGCACUAAAUCAAUCGAUGAUGACAUGGAACUACUACAAAAAACACUGGAAAUACUUAUUGUCGAUCGAAAUGAUGAACAAUCAUUGACAAGAUCGUUACAAUCAGUUGAAUUAACUCCAGCAGUAGACACUAUUGAUUCUGCAUGUCGAAUGAGGACAAAACAGCUGGUAGAAAUAAUGUCGAAAGAAGAAAAAACGAAACGCUUAUCAAGAAUUGUAUCACCAAAUCGACUAGAACGAUUACAAUUAGCCAUUUCACAGGUGGGCUCAGUGCCUAAUUCUCCUGCCCCAAAAGCAAAACAGUAUGCCAUGUCAUCAACGCCUGGUACACCACAAAUUCUUCAUCUUGCUUUUGAACAAUCAAAUAAUCAACUGCAACGAUCAAAGCGUUCUAAAAAACCGAAAACACCGGCACGCACCACAAGUUUAACUCCGUCUCAAUCGAUACUUCGUCAUUCGCCAACAGAUACAGUUUUCAAGCAAACAGAUUUGCCACUUUCACCUCAAAAAUUACUAAACAAAAAAUCUGAUUCUUCAACAACGACAAAUCGACUGACUAUUCUACAACGUUUAUUUGGAAUGAAAGAUGCGACGACAAAUACAAUGAAAGAUGUACCACAAUCACCGAAAUUAGUACCAAAAGCAAAAACUCCCAACUCUACACGACGAUCGACGACAAUGAAUGAGGAUGUACUAAAUCAUCAUCCACUGACUCAUACAUGUUUGACACUUGAUUUACAAAAUAUCUUACCGUUGAGUAGUACGUUGUCGAGUGGACGAGCAAGUUCAAGUGGUUAUGAGUCUAUGAAUAAUAGAGAUUCAGGUUCUGGCUCGUCACACAAUGAUUCAGCUGAAGAUUCCUCGUGUAAAAUGAGAAGUAAAUCAGCAAGAAAGUCAGAUGAAAAACGCUCAAACAAUACGAAUUUGCCAAUACGAAGUCCAAGAUUAAAUAGCACAAAUGGAAUCCGCAUAAGUAAGGCUCAUGAGCACGUUAAACAACAGCAAUCUCAGCCAAAUCGACUUCAAAGCUUACAACAUCGUCAAAAUGAAUGA